UAUCUAUAGUGACACACAAGAGAACGAUAAAACGUCAGAAAUAUAACGUUACAGUACAACAUUCAUCGUUUAAAGAAGGAUAUUCAAGAAUAGAUUUUUAUUUGAAAAUGUACGUAUACAACAUGUAUAAAUACUUUUUAAAAGAUUUCAUACAUGGAAAUUGUAUGAAUAUAAAUUAUUAGCUAUUAUAUCAAUAACUAAAAACAAAUAUUACAUAAUAUUUAAAAUGCCACAAGUGGAUGGUGCUACAAUACCAGUAACAAGUCAGAACAGUGCAAGUGUACAUAAUAAUCGUAAUAUAAGCAAUUCAACACGAUUAACCUUGAACAAUAUGAAUACUGCUAGGAAUAAUAAUAAUCAAAAUCCAUUGGUUAAUGCAAGGGAUAGAUUGUUUUAUGCAAUAUUUACUAAAGCUGCAGUAACUUAUGCGAGGACAGUUCCACGAUCUGUUAGAAGAUUUAUAGAAUUUAUAGUUUUAUUGAAGGCUAUAGCAGCAUUUUUUGUGUUGGCUUAUAUUCACAUAGUAUUUUCACGAGCACCAACUAAUUGUUUAGAACAUAUAAGAGAUGAUUGGCCUCGUGAUGGCAUAUUAAGAGUUGAGAUACUUAGAAAUGGGGGAGAAGAUUAUAGUAUAGAAAAGAGUUAUGCAAAAGAAGAAAAAUUACGACAAGAAAAAGUUGAUGAUUUAACUAGUGCUUUUGGAAUAUUAACUAGAGAUGGCUUUAUCAAUAUUGAACCAUCCACUAUUGAUGAAGAACGUGACACUACUAAUGCAUCAAAUGAAGAAAAUCGUGAUAGCUUACCUGAAAAAGAAGUACUUGUUACAGAUGCUACUAUGCAUAAAGGAACAGAUACAAUUUUAAGUACUACAAAUGCAACAGAUCCAUUAUUAUCUACUAAAUUCUGGAAUGAAAUGAAUAUAGACAGUAUAGAAGCAUCAGAUGAGAAAGCACACCUAAAAAAUGCACAGAAUAAUACUGUAGAACAAGAUAUAAAUAAAUCUAAUAAGGAAGAUGUUAUUCAAUCUUCAAAGGAUUCAAAUUCUGAAGUUAGAGCAGGUGAUGGUUACAUCGUAGAAUAUUCAUUAGAAUAUGGCUUCCUGAGAUUAUCACCUGUAGCACGGCAAAGAUUGAACAUUCCUGUAAAAAUUGUUACUUUGGACCCUGUUAAUGAUAAAUGUUUUGGUGAUGACUUUUCAAGAUUAAUACUCGAUGAACUUCUAGGAUAUGACGAUUUAUUAAUGGCGAGUAUUAAGACAUUGGCAGAACAUGAAGAUAAUCAAGGCUUUUUACGAAAUGUGGUGACUGGAGAACAUUAUCGAUUUGUAAACAUGUGGAUGGCCAGAACUACAUACCUUGCUGCAUUUUUUAUCAUGUUAGUUUUUACUAUUUCCAUCUCGAUACUACUACGGUACUCGCAUCACCAAAUCUUCAUCUUCAUUGUGGAUCUGCUUCAAAUGUUGGAGUUCAACUUAAUGAUAACGUUUCCUGCUGCAUCUCUGCUCACGGUGCUCCUGGCGCUUGUUGGAAUGGAGGCAAUCAUGUCCGAGUUCUUCAACGACACCACGACUGCGUUUUAUAUCAUACUGAUUGUUUGGAUCGCUGAUCAGUACGAUGCCAUUUGCUGUCACACACCCGUUACGAAGAGGCACUGGUUACGAUUUUUCUAUCUCUAUCACUUCUCCUUCUACGCCUAUCAUUACCGAUUUAAUGGACAGUACAGCAGCUUGGCACUCGUUACAUCCUGGUUCUUCAUACAGCAUUCGAUGCUAUACUUCUUUCAUCACUACGAGCUGCCCGUGAUCCUGCAGCAGGAUCAAUUACAGAACCUUCUAUUCCGCAAUCAUCCGCAGGCUGGAAUGGCGGAACCCACACCCGCGCAGCCUUCGCCAAGUAUAAAUCAGGCAUUGACCAGUAUGGCACCAAUACCUGAAACUUCACCAGCACGAGAGUCGACGAUUGUCAGGGAACCUGAACCGACACAAGAGACACUCCCGAGUCCACCGCAGGAUGAGUCGGACUCGGCUGCUCCUGAUGCUCACGCAGAGGAGCAAGUUGAACCCGCAAUGGAAACUACUUCAUUGGCCGACGAACAAAGUAACGAAGCAGCAGAGAGCCCGUCGGAGUCAACAGCGCCGGAUUCGAAUACCGUCGCAGAGGCGAGCACGGAGCCGAAAACAGAAGCAGCGAUAUCUGGUAACGUCGCGUCCUCCUCGAAGAUCGGGGACAAUAGAUCAUCGACCGAUGCCUCUACCUUGGAAGGCUUCGAGAUGAUCGAGGCUACCGAGACGACGUGGAAGGAAGCGACAUCCUGUCAAGACAAGUAGAGGAACACUGAACGCCCCGAGCCGUGCCAGUUGCACAUUGCUGUUAGGGUAGUCCGGAAGAGAAGAGGUUGUCAUCUCAACGUGGUUGCAUCUGCAAAUAGAACGUCUUGGGGCUGAAGACCUCGGGACUUGGCGGACAAUCGUGCGGAGCAGAGAUCAGCCAUCUUGACUCCGUGGAUUAUGUCAGGGAUCUAAUUACAGCGUUUAUUUUAUAAUCGAUCGAUGUCGAAGCUCUGAAAAUUUGAUCAUUUGACAAAAGCUGAAAGCAAAUCGAAGAGAUGGGAAACGUAGGGGUAGUUUGACAGCGAUAGCUGGCAGAUGUUAGGUUUUAACGAGUAACCUGGGAUCUUGGGGUCCAGGACGCGUGAAACGGGAUAGCCAGUGACUGGAUUUCAUCGCGCAUGGUACCAGAUCGCUUGAAAAUAUACUCCUUCUGCCUGUCAGGCUAACGUACGCGGUAUCUCGUGUCCUCGGGGUCGGGGAGGAAACGCGAAACUCGGGAAAAAGCGCAAGAAGCGUGUUCCAAGUUCAUUGUAUACAUCGCAACUGUACGAACAGUAUCGGGAAAUUGACUUCGAGUACGAUGAAAUUUUUUAUUGACAAAUCUGCACGAAGCUUUCGUCGGACCGCACCUUGCCGUUGUUAUCACCAUUACUGAUAAUUCCCGUUGAGAAUUUUAGAGAACCACACAGACAAUUCGCAGUGUAUCAAGCGAAUUCGAUACGUACGAUUUUUAUCUACCGUUCGUUCCCUCGGUAUACGAUCAUUGUAUCCAAUGACGUGGACUAGCGAGACCACAGUUCCCGGACGCGACAAGUUCCAGUUCCUUCAGCCGAUAUUCUUCCUUUCUCGCUCCUUUGCGUUUAUUCCACGUCACGUGCAAAUAGACUUUACCCAUCUGGACGAAUGUUAGCCAUAGCGAAGCAUCUGAAGCCGAAUUUUCGAAUUUUCUCCGUGUCUCACUUUGCCUAACUCCUCAAUGCGAUGUUACCUGUUCCCUCUGAACCGAGUCGUCAAAUUUCGCGUUUUUCUCUCCGGAUCACAGUUUGGCAACUGUUGAUAGAUCGAUCGCGUUGAUCCAUGUAUUCAGAUUCGACGGGAUCGCGAUUUCCUGAGAGUGACCGAGCCAUCUGCUGUCAACCGCGAGUCUUCGCAGCGUCGUUCGCGCGGACCAAAGGCUUUGUACGUUGUGCAAACGUGUGAACGUUCUAUCUCGCGGCAAGUUGUGCAACAUUUUGUUACGACUCGGGGACUUGGUUGAGCAAGGGAAUUGUGGUACGCUAAAGAUGCGCCGGUGUCACGCGAAACGUUGAAGUUAUUCCAUGUUACGCGAGAUCAGAGACUCUCGAUUGAAACGGCGAAAGGGGGACGAAGCGAACGAGAAGAGAGUGGAUUAAUGGAAAUAUAUUUUACUUUUUAUAUGUUUUACCUCGAUCGAUGUGAAAUCUCCAUAUUGACACGGCCGAACGUGGUUGGUCAUGGUAAAUACUACCAUUUUAUCGCGUAUCCGAGAUGAAGCGACGCUGCGAAUACGUUAGAGAUCUCUGUGCCAGCCGAUCGUGUUUCCUCUUAUUCGCUUCUUUCUUCUCGUUUCGAUGAGCCUUUCUACCAGUGGUGAUCGUGAUUUUUAACGCUUAUCGAGUAUCGAUUUAAGGAAUCAAAUUUUAACUGGUAGUGGUAAGCCAUGUCAGGAUUAACUGGCGACAGAACGUGUUAAAAGAUACUUAGUGCACAUAUAUACAUAUACAUAUACAUAUAUAUAUAUAAAUAUUUAUUCUUUACCAUAAACGUUCUUCUAUCGUGUAUAUGUAAAUUUAUUGUGAAAAAAUACCCGUGUCCAUGGUAUUCGAAACAUUGGAGCACUGUGUACAUCUUGCGUGUAAAGAUCAGCGAGAGGACACAUUAGAAGUUGUAAAGUAUAGUAACAGGCCGAGGAGAAAGGAAAGGAAGAGAGAACACGAAGAUCAAUCAUCGUUUUAACGUUUCGAAUUCGAUCCGUCUGUGUAAAAUAUUUUCCUAAACUAUUUGCAUCGUAAAAGUCGUUUCUUUUUCUUAUUAUUUCUUUCAUGGUUGGUUGUACAUAAUAUUACAUUACGAUUAUUAUCAUUAUGCUACUGCUAUUCUUAUUGAUAUAUUAUAAAUAAACGUAAAGGUGUUGCAAUUCCGGAUCUUCGUCUGUGUUACUUUAUAGUAAUUCGUAGAGUAAUUCUGUAGUUUAGGGACUUUCCUCGAGUUUGGCUGUUUGGUCUCAGCUGAAACAUCGUUUUAAUUUUAUUCUCAAAAUUUUCCAACGUUUCUGUCAUUUUUAAUUACCAUUUAGAAAACAAGAUUUAGAAGAAAUCUUCCCUAUGUACGUACAUUUAUAUAUAUAACUGUCACUUAGUUGUAGCUUCAUAUGUAUUGGUAAAAAAUUAUCGACACUACUGUCUUGUGUUCAUGCCCCUUUUGUUUCCGCUCUAAUGCAAAAUCACCAAAUUAAUUUUAUAGUCUAUCAAAUUUAAUUAUUUAAUUUACCCAGAUUCCUUAAUUUCGCGACGAAAUGAAAGUCAAAUAUACAAAACCGGGGAAAGCCCUUAAACUACGAGACUGCCUUUCUCGUCGUCGACAGGAAGAAGCCUUCUCGGUCGUACACGGUCACUCCUUUCGAAUUUUCGAAUUUUCGGACUUGGUGAAAAAGUAGAACGAACACCGACGCCAAUUCGAGAUCCCCUAAAACGAAAUUGCUGCGCAGAUGAUCGAUGCAGUGAGUUGGUAUCGUUCCGAUCGUCGAAUUCCUCUGGUCGUGAAAACCUCGGGUCCCGGCGAAACACGGAGAACGCGAGAUUUAAAAGAGAUUCCCGUGAAAUUGGAAUUGAUUGUUGAAGCGAGACAGCGCCGGGUACGAGUCGUAGGUCGAAUCCUGUCGAAGACGCGGCUUCCGGUAGGGUGCGAGGCGUGGAAGCGCCGAAUUAGACGGAUAGAUAGCGGUUUCGGAUAGAAUCAAACAGGUGGCGUGGCGGAGUUCGAGGCAGGCGGCCGGCAGGUCGCGCGUAAGAUGGAGGAAAUCCUUUUCACCCUGUCGCGGGGAUAGAAAGGGGUGAAACGAAACGGGAGAGUGAUGUUGCGAAAACGUCUGAGGGGACACGACAGUCGUACAAACGUAACGAUUUAUUUUCAUUACGACAUAAUUAGGGACGAGACCCGUGAUUCGAUGCGCUCUCCACGCUCGCCGCUACAUCUACGCACGGACACGCCCUGGUCGAGGAUGUUUUGAACCUGAGGGUACACGGUUCAAUCGAUAGGGGGUGUCCACGCGCUGCGUUAGUCGCUUGGAUUUCGUGCAUAGAAUUAAGCAGGCGUCGAAGGGAUUUCUUCGCUCCCGGAUCAGCUUGAUGAAGAUGGCGUUCGGUUUCGACACGGUCAGAGCUUGGUAAUAUUUAUUGGGAACAUACUUCAAAUGAUCGAUAAUGCAUUCUUUGCAAUUUAGAUAAAGUAGUAUUACGAGUAAGAAUCUAAUUUUUGAUAAAUAAAAUGUUUUGUUUUGGUAAUUUUAGUUUGA